AUGAAGCUCAUGAAAUAUUUGACUUUUAGCUUGAGUUUAAUGAUAUUGAUAGUAAAUUCCAACCCAACGCACGAGGAUGAAGAACGAUUGAAAAAAACAUUGCUUUUGAAUUAUACAAAAGAUAUAAGACCUGUUACUAAUCUGUCUACACCUGUUGAGAUAGAUGCUUCCUUGAUGCUUCACACGCUGUAUGACUUGGACUUCGUAAAUAACUUACUGAUUGCUCGGUAUUUGUUCAUCCCAAGUUGGACUGAUGAAUAUCUGACCUGGGAUCCAUUGGAAUAUAACAACAUUAGUCAUAUGUAUAUACCAAAAAAUAAAAUAUGGACGCCAUCUCUGAUGAUGUGUAAUUCAGUGAAUGAGGAAGAUAAUAGCGAUAUCAAUCGCGAAGUAAUCGUUCACUCUAACGGAACAGUUGAGUUGUGGUCCCUUAAGUACAUGGAGACAUAUUGCCUAGUGAACGCAUACACGUAUCCAUUUGAUGACCAUGAAUGUAAAAUAGACAUUUGUGUUGCUUUACAUGUUCCCGACGAAACACGAUUAAAUUAUGUAUAUUACUCGAGUAUGAAUGAUUUAGAAAACUACAAGUGGGAUAUUCAUUUCUAUGGUAAAGCAAGUGUCACAAACGAUGGCAUCAGUCAAGCAUUUGUGGCAGUGCAGUUACGACGUAAAAUCACGAUAGGAAUAGUAGCUAUGUUGAUUCCAACAGUAAUGAUGACUAUUUUAACUCUUUUUGUUUUUCUUCUGCCUCCUGAAUCAGGAGAGAAAGUUUCUCUAGCAAUGACAAUAUUUUUAUCAAACGUCUUGUAUCUUGUUCAAAUCGAUAAGAAUACACCAAAAAAUUCGAAAUAUCCUUCACUGUUCAUACUAUAUUUAAUGUUAUUGUCAAUGUUAAGUGGUAUCGUCACGCUUGGAUCGGUGGUUAUAAGCAAGUUGCAUGUUAAUCAAUCAUCUCAAGAAAAUAAAAACAAAACUCAAAAUAACAAAGUGGCAGAUGCUUCAUUAAUUUCCACGGUAAAAUCGCAAACUCUUAAUGAUAAUGAACUUCAAAGUAAGAUAAAGAGAAACUGUAUUUCCGAUCACGAUAAAAUUGAUGCUAUUCGAGAUAUUCCACCCGCUUCUUUAACAAAGUUACGAGAAUUUGCUCGUUUGACUUCGAUUAUAUUAACAGUAAAAUCUCUUCCGACGCACGAGGAUGAAAUACGAUUGAAAGACAACCUGCUGUUGAAUUACAGAAAAGAUAUAAGACCUGUUAUUAAUUUGAUCACUUCUGUCGAUAUAUAUACUGAUUUGGAUCUUCACACACUCUAUGAUUUGGACUUCGUAAAUAACAUACUCAUGGCUCGGUAUAUGAUUGCGCCAUAUUGGAUCGACGCAUAUCUAAUCUGGAAACCAUCGGACUAUAACAACAUUACAGAAAUAAAUCUGCCAAGACAUGAAAUAUGGACCCCAUCUCUUAUAAUGUGUAAUUCAGUGAAUGAACCAGAUGAUGCCAAUACCGAUCAAGAAGUCAAGAUUUAUCAUGAUGGAACUGUCGAGAUGUGGUCUCUUAAGUACGUAGAGACCUAUUGCCAAGUGAACGCUUAUACGUAUCCAUUUGAUGAGCAUAGAUGCGAAAUACAUAUGUGCGUUGCUGUGCAUUCUAUUCGUCAAACGAGAAUACAAACAAUGUAUUACAAAAAUCUAAAUGUUACAGAAAACUACAAGUGGGAUGUCAACAUGUUUGGAGUGGUAUCUGCAGAAAAUGAUGAGGGUAGUCAGGCAGCUGCGGUGAUGUAUCUCCGACGAAAACCUACGAUAGGAAUCAUAGCUAUGCUGAUUCCGACUGUAAUGAUGACUAUUUUAACCAUUUUCGUAUUUGUUCUUCCGCCUGAAUCAGGAGAGAAAGUUUCUCUAGCCACGACCAUAUUUUUAUCAAACGUUUUGUAUCUUGUCGAAAUCGAUAAGAAUACACCAAAAAAUUCAAGAUAUCCUUCACUUCUCAUGUUGUAUUUAAUGUUAUUGUCAAUGUUAAGUGGUAUCGUCACGCUUGGAUCGGUGGUUAUAAGCAAGUUGUAUAUUAAUCGGUCAUCUAGGGAAAAGAAAUCGGUUUCGACAGACCUCAACAAAAACAAAUCUCAAAGUAAGAACGUUGCAGAUAUUUCAAUGAUUUCCAUGGUAAAAUCCGAAUCACUAAUUGCAGAGGAACUUCAAAGUAAGAAAAAGAGAAAUUGUAUCUCCGACUACAAAAUGAAGCUCAUGAAAUAUUUGGCUUUUAGCUUAAGUUUAAUGAUAUUCAUAGUAAAUUCCAACCCAACGCACGAGGAUGAAGAACGAUUGAAAAACACCUUGCUUUUGAAUUAUAGAAAAGAUAUAAGACCUGUUACUAAUCUGUCUACACCUGUUGAGAUAGAUGCUGACUUGAUUCUUCACACGCUGUAUGACUUGGACUUCGUAAAUAACUUACUGAUUGCUCGGUAUUUGUUCAUCCCAUGGUGGACUGAUGAAUAUCUGACCUGGGAUCCAUUGGAAUAUAACAACAUUAGUCAUAUGUAUAUACCAAAACAUCAAAUAUGGACGCCAUCUCUGAUGAUGUGUAAUUCAGUGAAUGAGGAAGAUAAUAGCGAUAUCAAUCGCGAAGUAAUUGUUUACUCUGACGGAACAGUUGAGUUGUGGUCUCUUAAGUACAUGGAGACAUAUUGCCUAGUGAACGCAUACACGUAUCCAUUUGAUGACCAUGAAUGUGAAAUAGACAUUUGUGUUGCUUUACAUGUUCCCAAGGAAACACGAUUAAAAAAUAUCUUUUACGGGAAUAUGAAUAUUACAGAAAGCUACAAGUGGGAUAUUCAUUUCAAGGGUACAGCAAAUGUCACAAACGAUGGCAUCAGUCAUACAUCAGUGGUAAUGCAGUUACGACGUAAAAUCACAAUAGGAAUCGUAGCUAUGUUGAUUCCAACAGUAAUGAUGACUAUGUUAACUCUUUUUGUUUUUCUUCUGCCUCCUGAAUCAGGAGAGAAAGUUUCUCUAGCAAUGACAAUAUUUUUAUUAAACGUCUUGUAUCUUGUUCAAAUCGAUAAGAAUACACCAAAAAAUUCUAAAUAUCCUUCACUUUUCCUGUUAUAUUUAAUGUUAUUGUCAAUGUUUAGUGGUAUUGUCACACUUGGAUCUGUGGUUAUAAGCAAGUUAUAUAUUAAUCAGCAAUCUUAA